GCACCACAAUUUUUGCACCUUUCGAUUGAACUAAAGGGAAAGUUGAAACUUCAUCGCAGUUAAAAUGAAACUCUAUCUUGCAUUAGCAUUUCUCGCUUUGAUGCUUGCAUCUACAAACGCACAAAUUGAUUGUACGGAGGAAUUCUUCAGAGUUUCAAGAGCAAAUCUCGAUGAAACUGAUUGCCACUUGUUCUUUGUGUGUAUGAUUGGAAGACGUGUUGAUUUCCUCUGCGACGAAGGCACCAUUUUUGAUCCUGAGAGAAUUGAGUGCCGUACCAGUUAUCCAGACACCUGUGAAUACGCAAUGGACAUUGUGCCUUACGAAGCAAAGAAAAUUGAUUUCGACUUCUUACUUAAUUAAUCUUGUCCCUUGAUAUUUCACCUUUUUUUAACAAUAAACAACAGGAAAAUUACAGGAAAUAAUGAGAUAUUUUGAUGUUAUUUAAUGAGGGAUCAAACGUUGGGAAUUAUGUAGAGAUAAAUUUUUCCAGUUGUUAAAGCAGUGGACUUUAAAUAAUUAAUGGCUAUUUAUAAUUUAUUCAACAAUAUCUAGUAAGUAUCCAGACGAAUUUUAAUAAAAGUUCAGGAUGCAAUUUCAAUUUAACUAGAUGUCAUUCAACUUCAUGAUGAAGUCUUCAUCUUAUAUUUAUGCAGUUUUCUUAAUUUAGUUUUGAAAAAUAAUAAAAAAAAAAUUGUAAUCAAUUCCGAA